ACCGACAAAAAAAUGAGCAAAUAAUAAAUUAAGCCAAACGGCUUGAUUUUGUUAAGUUGGCAGCAUUUAAACUUGACAUUCCCAGCGUGUGUCAUAAUCGCUGUCACAAUCAUAUAAUUUUUUUCUAGUGGAUAUCAAAGCCAUUUGUAGUAGAAAAUGCCUUCAGUUGCCGUGCCAAAAAUUUCCCGGGAAGAGGGCCCAAUUGGCAUUAAUGCCAUACUAUUGGGGCCCCCAGGCUCGGGUAAGGGAACUCAAGCCCCCAAACUGAAAGAAAAGUAUUGUGUGUGCCACCUUUCAACCGGAGACAUGCUGCGUGCUGAAAUCCAGUCUGGCUCAGUUCUCGGAGCCAAACUGAAGAAAAUCAUGGACGAAGGGAAGCUCGUAAGCGACGAUCUUGUUGUUAACAUGAUCGAUAGCAACCUUGACAAACCCGAAUGCAAGAACGGAUUCUUGCUGGAUGGGUUCCCGCGAACCGUGGUGCAGGCUGAAAAGCUUGACGAUUUGCUGGAGAAGAGGGACACGAGUUUAGACGCUGUGAUAGAAUUUGGAAUAGACGACAGUUUACUUGUGCGCCGCAUUACGGGCCGAUUAAUCCAUCCAAAGAGUGGCCGUUCAUAUCACGAGGAGUUCCAUCCGCCCAGGAAACCCAUGACAGACGACGUUACCGGUGAGCCCCUUGUGAGACGCUCCGAUGACACGGCAGAGGCUCUGAAGAAGCGUCUCCAAGCGUAUCACACACAAACUAGGCCUCUUGUCGAUUAUUACCAAAUUCGGGGGAUCCACCACCGCAUCGAUGCGUCCAAAGCCGCCAACGAGGUGUUCAGUAAAAUCGACAGCAUUUUCAUGCGGGCACGCAAGUCGAGAAUUGGAUUUUAAUCUUUUCCAACUUUGUUCAUUUAAUGCAUUUAUAGUCACCUUUAUUUGGAUCAUGAAUAUUAAUUUUUGUCGGGCCUUUUUACGUUGUUAUGAGUAGAAAAAUUAUACAAACUGUUACUUCAA